AUUGAACCCUACUUGAUGUACUAGAUUGUUUUUAAACCCUCAACAAUAAAAAUAAAAGCAAAAAAAAAAGAAAAGAAAGAAUCUGUGUUCGUCGAGGAGAAAUGCUAAACAGCUUGAUGACAGACCCGUGAUGUGUAGACCAAAUGCUGUAAAUGUGUCAAACCACCUUUAUUCUGCAUACAUAGUUUUGAGUUUUUGACCCACCAAAUGUUCGACUGUAUGUCACUGCCAAGAUGCUAUCCUAAAAGAAGCCACCUCUGCUUAUUCACUCUUAGUUUUCUUUUGAUGGCCUUCCUCUUCUUAUUUUCCCAGUAAUUGGGUCUAGUUUUUUUUGCAUUAGAUGGCGCUCUGUUCCAGAUGGAUGCCAAACUAUCAAGGCGUCAUUUGCCCAACGCUUGGUGUAAUUCGUCCUCAGCUACCUUCCCGUAUUCAUUGUCGCAGUUGGAGCACGUUCAGAAAUCAUCAAAGCAUGCCAGUGCCAUCCGGCAAGAUGGGCAAUGGAAGGACUCCGUGUUUCGUGCGGAAUAAAUAUGCUUUAUCUGUAGUAGGUAGAAAUCAUCAGCUGCCAAGCAUUGAUGAUGAUUUUGAUCAGGAGCCCUUCUGGUCAAAUGUGUUAAAGAAAUCUUUCUGGGCUCUGAAGUCUCUAAGUAUAUUUCUUGUUGAGCAGCCAAGUCAGUUAAAGUACAUAGAAUGGCCAAGCUUUCAGAGCACGCUAAAGACUGCGACUCUCACUCUUCUUCUUGUUGGGCUGCUCAUAAUUGCGUUGUCCUCCGUAGAUUCUGCUCUCUAUUAUAUACUUGCUUUGCUGUCAAGGAGGCGUGCUUGAUUCAGGUCUCUCUGGUAAGAAGAGAGAGUCGCCGGCAUCCUGUUAUAAUUUAACAGAACGUCUCAGGGUCUCACGGGCAUAAAAAAUCAGAUUGGCUGCGAAGCUUGCUCUUUGUAAAAGCAUGGCAAUUACACCGUGAUGGGUAGGUGAUAAGAGGCAUACAUAAACCAGAAGAUUGUUUUAUGGCUGAAACGAUUCCGUGUACAAUUUAUGCUUUGAGAAAGGAUUUGAUGACCAUUUUCCUUCAUUUUGAUCCCAUGUAUGGUCUUUAAGACAUCAAUGGGUUCCUUUAUCUCCAAUCCAAUUAGCAAUGGGUUCCUUUUGCCUUGGGGAAGGCACAAAUUCUGAAA